UAUGAUCCGCUGCGUCUUCGCCCCAUUGCCAUCAGCAUUGAAACAAAAACUGGGGAUGGGCCUGAAGAGACAGCCAAUGUGCAGCUGGCGGUUUGGGUCGGCGCGCAGUUCACACGCUUGCGGCAACUGGCGAAAUUGCCUGAACUAUUCGCCCUGCCCUUGGUCUUUGUCAACGGCUCUGAAUGGUAUUUUCUCUUCGCUCAACAGAACGCAGUGGGAAACAUUCUCUGGAUCGGUAGUACUAUGACGCUUAAGGGAAUCUACACGCUCAUAGCGACCCUAAGGGUUUUGCUCGCAUGGGUCGCUAAGGAGUACUUCCCUUGGUUUGUCGAGAAUAUUCUC